AUGAGCUUCCUUGUGGUGGAUGCACCCAGACUCGGCUUGGGCCUGGCCGCCCUUGGGCGGCCUGGGUACAUCAAUUUGGAUCGUGGGAGCGACUUGGAGGCCCCGGAGACACGCACGCCGGAGGCCCUGCGUGCUCGGGCCUGGGAGGUCUUGGAUGCGGCCUGGUCCCUGGGCUUGCGAUACUUCGACUGUGCAAGGAGCUAUGGUCGGAGUGAGGAGUUUUUGUCCGGAUGGUUGAAACAAAAGCAGCUUCGCAAAGAUGACCUGGCCGUCGGAUCGAAGUGGGGCUACAGAUAUACAGCGGACUGGAGGGUAGACACAGGAGGCGAACCUCAUGAGGUCAAGGACCAUUCUUUAUCCCAUCUACUCCACCAGGAAAAGGAGACUGAGCAGUUGCUGGGUGAACACCUGCGGCUCUAUCAAAUCCAUUCUGCGACCCUUGACAGUGGCGUGCUUGACAACGCGGACGUGUUGGAGAAGCUCCGGGAACUCCGGACAGACAGGGGCUGGCGAGUCGGGCUUAGCCUGUCAGGCGUCGGACAGGCUGAUACCUUGGACAAGGCCAUCGCGACUAAAACCUUCGAUUCGGUCCAGGCCACCUGGAACCUGCUAGAGCAAUCCUGUGGGCCGGCCCUCCUGCGAGCCCAUGAGGCUGGCAUGGAGGUGAUCAUCAAGGAGGGCAUGGCCAACGGCCGCAUCCUCCAGAACGCAGCCUUACUGCAGGCUGCAGAGAAGAUGGGAGUUCCGCCUGAUGCCCUCGCUCUGGGAGCCAUCAUGGCACAGCCCUUCAAGCCCAUGGUGCUUUCGGGAGCAGUCUCCAUAGCGCAGCUCGAGAGCAACUUUGGAGCUGUGGGAGUCUGUCAGAGGCUCUUCGCAGAUAUGCCAGCACUGGAACUUCUCAUGUCUGAGAUGAAGGUGAAUGAGCUGGACGCUCCGAUGGAGAGGGUUCAGACUUCGCCUGCCACAGGGGCCAACGGCUUGGAUGCCAGCCAGAAGGUGAUGUCCUGGGCCCGGCAGCCAAGCGGAGCGAAUGCCCCGAAGCCCCUGACCAACGGAGCUUUGGGCCGAGGACGUCUUCCGCCGUCCCGCAGCUACACCACGCCUGCCCUGGACAGUAACGUGGACUACGUCACAGCAGAUCCAUUGCCGAGGCUGCCACCGGGAAAGGUGAAGAAGGCUGCCCCAACGCCAAGCUGGAUGUCUGCGAUCUUCUGA